GCUCCUCCCGCCGCUCCCGGUGCCCGUGAUCCCUGCGCCGUUCCGUAGCGGCAGCGCACGGAGGCGGAGGAGCGCGGCCGAGCCCGGCCCGCCGCGCUGGCGAGAUGGCGGCGCAGAAGAUUAACGAGGCGCUGGAGCACAUCGCGAAAGCGGAGAAAUACCUGAAAACUGGRUUCUUAAAGUGGAAACCAGAUUAUGACAGUGCAGCUACUGAAUAUGGGAAGGCAGCUGUUGCUUUUAAGAAUGCCAAGCAGUUUGACCAGGCAAGGGAGGCCUGUUUACGRGAAGCUGAGGCACAUGAAAACAAUAAAGCUCUUUUUCAUGCUGCCAAAGCUUAUGAACAAGCUGGCAUGAUGCUAAAGGAGAUGCAGAGGAUCCCUGAAGCAGUUCAGCUUAUUGAGAAAGCCAGUAUGAUGUACCUGGAGAAUGGGACACCAGACACAGCAGCCAUUGCACUGGAACGGGCUGGAAAGUUAAUAGAAAACGUGAGUCCAGAGAAGGCUGUGCAGCUCUAUCAGCAAGCAGCAUCGGUAUUCGAAAAUGAAGAGCGUUUACGGCAGGCAUUAGAAAUGUUAGGGAAGGCAUCAAGACUUCUGGUCAGAGGACGCAGAUUAGAUGAGGCUGCAUUGUCUCUUCAAAAGGAAAAAAGUAUUUAUAAGGAAAUUGAAAACUACCCCACAUGCUAUAAGAAAACUAUUGCUCAAGUCUUAGUUCAUCUUCAUAGAAAUGAUUAUGUUGCUGCAGAAAGAUGUGUGAGGGAAAGCUACAGUAUACCAGGAUUUAAUGGGAGUGAAGACUGUGCAGCACUAGAACAACUUUUAGAAGGGUAUGAUCAGCAAGAUCAGGAUCAAGUUUCUGAAGUCUGUAAUUCUCCACUCUUCAAAUACAUGGAUAAUGAUUAUGCCAAGCUUGGUCUUACCUUGGUGGUGCCAGGAGGUGGAAUCAAGAAGAAAUCUCCAAACGUUACCCAAGACAAAGCCAGAGGACCAGCUGCAGUGGGCUCUCAUGCUGAYGAGGAAGAGGAUGAAUAUUCUGGUGGACUAUGCUAGCUGCAGACUAGGUUGUAUUAAAUAUCUGACUGAUUGUGAUGCUGAGCAUAUCCAAAGGUACCAGAUUUACCAGAGCUUCAUUGCAAUUGUGAGAUGGGAAUCCUAAUAUUAACAUGGCAGCUUCUGGGUGCAGUACAGGAGAAAAAGCAUGAUUGUACCCAUCAUCUUGAAACAUCUUUGGACUUCAUCUCUUGCCUGGUAGGAGCUUYCUUAGGGCUCUGUCUUCAGCUGACGAGAUUAAUUUGAGAAAAUUUUUCUAAAAGUACAGUUUAAAAGAACCCAAAACCUCUGAAGCACUGGAGGGAGAAUGGCACAAAAUUUUAAAUGCUGGAUUUCACCAGUUGACACUUUUGGUCCCAGUAAGAUGYUUGCAGUUGUUUUGGGAGUUAAAUGUAGGAUCAUUCAUCUGGCUGUUUGUUUCCUGUUUAAGAUCAUUUAAGGCAGACUGUGCCCAGCAGGAUUUCUACUCAUGUAAGCACUAGGGGGAGCAUUCCGUUUGUUUUCAACAAGUUUUUACUCCACUGGGGAAUAUUAUUUUAAUACCCUGUUCGUUACAACCUGUAUCCAUAUGACUGGGGAAAACACUAAGUGGACUAGAUUGAAGUUAAUAUUGCAGACGUAGAAAUACACACCUAUCUUUCCUCAUAAGAAAUGUAUUGACCUGAAAUCUUUGGAAAUAAAGGUGUCCAUAGUGUUUGUAAUGUGCACCUUAGGAAAGGACGGAGUGAACAACCAUUCUUAGCAGUGUUUUUGAAGCGUGCCAUAACCAAAAAAGAAACUGAAGUUGGCAAAUAACAUUCACUGAAUAGAAAGGGUAAAUGUUYAACAAAACCUUAGGGGGAAUGUUUCAGUGAUAUGUUUGAGUUCAUGAGUGUCCUAGGUGUUUAUUUGCUAAUCAAGAUGCUAUUCUAUGAAGACGUUUGAUUCUUUAAUAUUUUCAAAGCAUAGAACAGGUUAUCUCCUAUUAGCGCCAUUUUUCAAACUAGCUCAGAAUCCAAGGUAACCAAAUUUCAAUGCAUACUCUCUAUUUUUGUUUGGUUUCAAGUCAUCAUGUGUUUUGAAAACUUCUUUCAUGUCUUAGAUUUGUUUCACCAUUUUAUGCUUUGCAGUUGUCAACCUAGAAGUUGUGCCUGUGGCUAGUCUCUUCAGCAGGAUCUAAUCAAGGUCUGCAGUAGGGUGACAUCACUUGGA